AUGCUUGCCCCAUCCUUACUCCGGCUAGGGUUGGCCAUCGGCUUGGCUGAGCAGGGCUAUGCUUCUCCGGCCCCUUCUGCACCACGCACAAGGGAUGACCUAUCCGAUGACCCAUUACCUAUUGUUGUUUGGCACGGCCUUGGUGAUCAAUUCAACAGCGACGGAAUGAAGAGCAUCGAAGCUCUCGCUCAAGACAUCCACCCCGGAACAUUUGUUCAUAUCAUCGCCAUCGAAGAAGAUCCCAGUCAGGAUCAAAUGGCCACUUUUAAGGGAAAUGUCUCGGACCAAGUCAGCAAGGUUUGCGAAGAACUCGCCAAGCACCCCAUUCUGUCCACCGCGCCCGCUAUUGAUGCCAUCGGUAUCUCCCAGGGCGGACAGUUCCUCCGCGGUUAUGUCGAGCGCUGUAACUGGCCACAAGUACGCAGUCUCAUCACAUUUGGCAGCCAACAUAAUGGCAUCAUCGACUUCAGAGCUUGCGGCGCUACCGACUGGCUCUGCAAGGGAGCUAUGACUCUCAUGAGACUCGGUACCUGGAGCAAAGCUGUACAGUCAGCCCUCGUCCCCGCGCAAUACUACCGUAACCCAGCAACCGAAGACGAUUACAACAAAUACCUCGAGAAUUCCAACUACCUAGCCGACAUCAACAACGAGCGCGAGUUGAAAAACCAAAAAUACAAGGCGAAUCUGAGCAAGUUGACCAACUUCGUCAUGUGGAUGUUUGAGGAGGAUGAUCUUGUUAUCCCGAAAGAAUCUUCGUGGUUCGAGGAGGUCAAUGGCACACAAGUUAUCCCUCUUCGAGCUCGCGAGCUUUAUCAGGAGGAUUGGCUCGGCCUUCGCGAGCUUGAUCGCAACGGUGGUCUCAAAUAUGAAAGUGCCCCUGGCAAACACCUCGAAAACCUCUCUGAGCUAUUGCGCGAGGCCAUCACCAAGUACUGCGGCCCAUGGAGACGAACCUUUAAGUCAGAAAUUGAGGGCCCCCGGGAUCAGUUGGAGUUGGUUUAA